CUGGUUCGUCGGCUAUCCAAUCGUUUUACGAUUCUUUUCAAUGCUCCCUGCGGUUGGCUCGAUAGGGUUAUGGUUAGCGCAUUCAGGUGUACCGGCAUUUAGAUAUGGGUGGGAUGUCGUUUACGAGCUUCUUGAGACAGUCAUCCACGAGAACGAGUACUUGGCUUACGGCCAGCUUUUAUCAGACAUUGCAUCGCAUGCAGAAGACAGCCCUUUUGCGAGGAGGUUGAGGCAGAUUGCGGAUUGACUGACAAAUGAAAACACACGAUCUCGUAUGUUUUUAUUAGAAGCUAUCUCACAACUGGAAGCUGCUGGCAUUGACAGGCUGUG